AUGACGGCAGCAUCUAAUGCCAAUAUCCAGCGAUGGACAGUCACUGAGCCAUAUCUCGAUAUACGCGGGGGGCUGCUUGAAGGACCAUUCUACACAGCCGAACGUAAUGAGCUGCGCUUCAUCGACCUCGACUAUGAGAAAGUCUACUUCGUUGAUCUCGCAAAGGGACCAAGCUCAAUGCGAGUAUUGCACACGGAAUCGCCUAUUGGUGUGACUGCUGAUAUGAUCGAUGACUCGGGAAAUAACACGCAAAUCGUGGUGGCGGCGAAACACGGUUUCGCUACCAUGGACUACCAAUCAGGUGCUUUAACCUAUAUUCAUCGCACACAUACCUCAGAGGAACACGCUUAUAGACUGCGCUUCAAUGACGGGGCAGUCGACAAUCAAGGUCGUUUUUGGGCAGGCUCAACUACCGAUCACAAAUAUGUACAGGGUAAAGAUGCGGGCACCCUCUACCGCCUAGACCCAGACAUGAGCUUGCACGAGAUGGUGCACCAAAUGACAACACCCAAUGGAAUGGGUUGGAAUAACGCCGACGACAUCAUGUAUAUCACCGAUUCGCCUCAUAGGAAGAUAUACGCCUAUGAUUUCGACGCGCGUACAGGGUCAAUCUCUAACAAGCGCGAUUUUCUAACGCUUGAAGAGAGCUAUGGCGAACCAGAUGGUUUUGCUAUGGAUGUUGAGGGGAAUCUCUGGGUUGCUGUGUGGCGAGGAAGUCGCAUCAUUCGAGUCAAUCCAAGGGGUGAAAUUACCGGAGAGAUCUUACUCCCUACACGGUUUGUUACUUGCCCGGAGUUCGUGGGGUCGGAGCUGAUCGUCAUGACGGCUAUGGAGCAAGAGCCAUAUAAGAACCCUGAGUCAGCUAGAUGGGGUGGAAAAGUGUAUAAAGUGGAUGUUGGUAUACAGGGGAAGCCUCGAAAUGUCUUCCGGAGACGAUCUUGA